GGCGCAACCUGGUCGGCCUCCUCUACGCCCUGGUCGUUGCCUUGCUCUACAUGUGCCCCCUCACCGUCAUCCUCCGCGCGCCUCUGGACUGGCCCCUUCUGCUCCGGGAAUACUUCGCGGGCGCCAACGCCGCAGGCCCAUACCUGCUGGCCAAGAUCCUCUACGAGCUCCCCUUCGCGUACGGACCGCUCCUCCUCGUCGCCUUCCUCUACUGGAUGACGGGCCUCACGCCCUCCCUCGCGGCCUUCCUCCAAUUCGCAGGCGUGGUGGCCCUGACGACCCAGGCCUCCUGCGCCAUGGCCCUCAUGGUCGGCUCCCUCUCGGCGAAUCCGAUGCUCACACUCGGCAUCCUCCCCGCCUUCAUCACCCCCAUGGUGCUCUUCUCCGGCUUCCUCUACGACACCGCCACUCUCCCUUCCUACCUGGCUUGGCUUCCGAAGAUCUCCAUCGUCAAUUACGGAUUUGCGGCCCUGAUAACGCUGCAGCAAUCCCUGCUUCCCGCGGAGUUGCGAGGAGUGGCGUUGAAGUUCGUGAAUGUGGACCCCGAGGCCUUGGGAGCUAACUUGUUAAUGCUUACGGGGAUGACGGUGAUAUUUUACGCCCUCACUUACAUGUUCUUGACGCUGCGGCUACGAACGGCUAUGCGCGCCUGAGCUUAGAGGGUAGGCUGGUGCCGGUGGGAUGCUGUGCAGACAAUGGCAUGGAAAUCCUCGGGAAGCCGUCGUGGUAGGCUGGGGGCGAAGGAUGUACAUGAGGCGGCUCAUUGAUGAGGGAAGCGACGGCGGCUUACAGGGUGGAGGGAUGGGACAAGAAUAGAAAUAAGGGAAAGUAAUUGCAUAACCCGGUCUCCGA